AUGGAUUCCAAGCAAGCGUUAUUACUAAACCCUGAAUUCUGGACGUCCCAACAGCUUGAAGAAUGGCUUAAACGUUUUGAAAACGGUCGUUAUUCGCAUUUAAUUGGAUCUUUAAAAGGCUGUAAAGGUGCUGACGUUGUGUGCUUUAGUGCUGCCGAGUGGGCCCGACUAAACCCUCCUGAACUUGCUACAAGCCUUCGUUUUACUCUAUUAGGUAUGGUACAAGUGGCUACACAGGACGAAUCUGUGACUAUUGUGACGGAUUUUGUACCACUUAGAACUUCUCCAAAUCAAGACAAAAAGAAGCACAAGUUGUCACUUGAAAAGACAAUUCCAGUGAAAUUUCCUCCAAUGAUUGAGAUGCCGACCAUGCCUGUACUGUUUGGUACAUUGCUGUUUCUUGUAUUGGCUAUUCUGUCAUUUACAGUAUUACGUAAACCUCUUGCUGAGAUUGGGAUUGAUUCGGAGAAUUUGGUGAAAUAUGGCUCCAUUCCUCUUGUUAGUGUGGUGUUUACGUAUCUUCACAUUUGGAUGGCAUUAUGGAUGACCUUUUAUCCACUGGAGUAUACAGGAUGUUUGCAGCUUCCAGACACAAAUACGGGCUUGGGAUGGCAAGGAAUUGUCCCGAAUAAAGGAGAAAAAAUGGCUCGACAGGCGGUGCAGAUUAUGACACGUCAAUUGCUAGACGUGUCGGAAAUCUUUGCCAAGAUUGAACCGGCACAAGUUGUUAGGGAGUUGGAGCCAAUUUUGUUUAAUACGAUUCAUACGGUCGUAGAAGACAUGGCACUGAAGUACAGUCCGGACCUGUGGGCUGUGCUACCGGCCAAGGUAAAGGAGGAGAUUGUCGAGAAAGUGAAGGAGGAAUCGCCUGCACAUAUUGAAGCCCUCAUGGAUGAAAUCCGCAACAACAUUGAAGAUGUCUUUGAUCUGGAGGAUAUGGUUGUUACUAAUAUGUGCAAGGACAAGCAGCUUCUAGUGAACAUGUUUGUCACGUGUGGCUACUCUGAGUUGGCUUUUAUUCGGAACUCAGGUGCCUAUAUGGGAGGAAUUUUCGGUCUCAUGCAAAUGGGGAUUUGGUUCGUGUACUCGGAUCCUAUUGUGGUGUUUCCGGUGGUUGGCCUGCUUGUGGGUACCAUCACUAACUGGCUCGCUCUUAAGAUGAUUUUUGAGCCUGUGAACCCCAAAAGGUAUUGCGGCAUAACCUUCCACGGUCUGUUCCUUCGACGUCAGAACGAAGUUGCUGAGGUUUACGGAAAUUUAGUCGCUCGCGACAUCCUGAACUCACGCAAUAUUUUUGAGGCUAUUUUGAAGGGUCCGUACUCGGAUCGUCUAUUUGAGCUCGUGUACGACAAUGUGCAGGAUGCUGUCAAUGCUGCAACUGUUACCACGCAAAAGAUUAUCAAUUUUAGCAUUGGCGAGGAAAUGUACGCCAACAUCAAGGAAGAUGUGACAAACCACAUUGUGGAGAUAUUUCCGGAGAGUCUUCGACAGAUUGAGAGCUACGCCACCGUUGCCAUGGACUUGGAGGUAACGCUGCGUGAAAAAAUGAAACUGCUGACCUCAGAGCAAUUCGAACGUUUGCUGCACCCUAUUUUUGAGGAAGACGAGUGGAAACUCGUGGUCAUGGGCGGCGUACUAGGUGUUGUAAUUGGUGUUGUUCAAAUAUUCCUUAUCGACCAUUAA